AUGUCAUUUUUUAAUUUUCAAAACAAGGAUAUCGAAAGAAUAAGAAAGCGACAAGAAUUAAGUCUGGAGUACCAACAGUUUAAGCUGCUAGACGAAGAAAAGUUUCGCAAUCGCUUUGCUUCCAAGAAAACGAACAAGACCGAACAGGUGAAUAAAGGAGUUGUCGAUAGCACAUCCACAAUCUCGAGUGAAAACUCCGGCGAUCAUAUCAAAAUUCUACUUAAUAGGUUAGAAGUCCUUCAAAAAGAUGUCGAUGAGUUAAAACAAAGUCAAUCGAAUCUGGAAACAAGAGGCAAUAACAACACAAAUACAGAGACUGAGGAUGAUCAUAAAGUCAAAGUGGAGGAACCUCGGAACCUGAACAUAAUCGAUGAGGCAGUCAAGCAUCUGAACGAACUGGAGAGCAUCAUAAUGACAUUAACUGUGUCUGAAAACCAUAAAACAUCCAACUUAGACCGCCGGCCUUUGAGUUCGUUAGCGCGUCCUGAAGGUAGUGACGGGAAUAAACAAUGCUCCUUGAGUUCACCUGGCUCGUCCACCUCACAAAAACGCAUAAAACCGAUAAAAAAAGAAGAAUAUGCAAACGGACUAAAUAAGCAAAUUAGGGAGAUGCAGGAGCAAAAGGCAUUGGAGAGAAUAAAAGGUAGGGAGGAGGAUCGAGUGAAGCUAGCAGAAAUGCAUAAACCCAACAAGUUGGAUUAUCGAACUCGUGUGAAAGGUGAGGAAACAGUGAAUCAAAAUCCUGCACUAUUAAAUACCAUGCAUUCCCGAUAUGCCAGAGGUGGCAACGGAAUAUUUGGAGAUCCGUUAACAGAGACUCAAAAACAGGCUAACGCAAUGUACCGAGCGGAAUUGAUGAAUCAGAUUGAGGAAAAGAGGCAACGGGAAGCAAAACGAAUUCAAGCGGAAAAAGAGCUAGACCGAAAAGAAGAAGAAUUCAUGAAUGCAGCAACUUCUAGUUCACUUAAAGGUCACGACCAAUUGGUUGGAACGAAGAUAUGUCCAGUACUCUCACAGGAGACAAGUAACAAGCACAAUGUCUGCGUACAAGUGGUACUAGAAAACAAGCAUCCGCAACCCAAACCAAAGGCAGCAAAAGUUGUUAGGACCCCCGUUCCAGUUGAGAAAAUAAAAGACUCAUCGAAGUUAGCUGAUCUGCUUGCACAGGUAACUCAGUUGAAAGUGGAGCUAGCUGCUGAAGAAGUGCGCAUUCAACAAAGCAGAUCUGAAAGUGAAGAUAUCGUCCAAGUAUAUGAUCCAAGACUGCUAAAUGUAGGUCCCUCAAGGAUUGGAAGGUCUGCAAGUCCGAGUUUUUCCAGGCCGAUAAAAGUCCACAGAGUUAUAGAAACUCCUGUUUACAAAAUAAAGGUGGCAAGGAGUGCACAAGACUGUGAGGAACCAGGUUAUCUGAGCUGCAGCUCAACCUUUGUGCUGCACAAUGAAAAAGACAAUCAGCGUUCACCUUCUCUGGAUUCAUUGAAUUUGGAUACAAUUAACAGACGAAUGGAACGCAGAUUUGAACAACUUGGAAUCCGUGAAGACUUAUAUGAAAAGGAAGAACCCAUAAUUAGAAAAUUCAUGGCUGAAGAACGGGCAAGAUGCAUGACCAAUUUCGAGUGCUACUGA